AUGGAAAAAUUAACUCAUCUGGAAUCUCUGAUGUUUACUGCUGUGCUGGAGGAUUGUGUUGAGCAGCUCACAAUUCUUGGAUAUAUCAUGCCAGUGCCAUGUGAGGGCGAGGCAAACAUCAGCCAUACUGGCAUCCAGGAAAUGAAAGAAAUCACAGAGACUCAGAAAGAGCUGGACACUACCUGCCAAGAGCUUAUGUCAGAAAGGCAAGGGGGUGGUGAAACAGUUUCCUCCAUGUCUCUGAAAAACAUCAAAGACAAGCAGCAAGUGGAAAAAACUGAAGAUGUAAAAAGUACUCGUCUUCGCAAUAUGGCCAUGAAACACAGUGCUCUGCCUGAAGAGAAUCUCAGGAAGAUCCAGGCUGACAGGCAGUAUGCAAGUGAUGUAAUUACAGCUACUAUGAAGGAGCUGCAGGAAUUUGGAACAUUUAGUAGCCUAACAGAAGCCAAUGAGAGAGAGAAGGCAAAAAAAAGAAAGCUUCAUGACUCCUCCAUCAGGGAGGCGGAAGGAAAGAAGGAGAUAAAGGCACUUGAGAAACAGCUGCAAGCUGUCAAGAAAGAAAGUGAAACAGAACUUCAGAACAAAGAUAAAAUGAUUGCUUACCUGAUGGAUGAGCUCGAAGAGAUAAAGGCCAAAACAAACAUGGAGACCCAUUACCUGAAGAGAAGCACAGACCUCCAGGUUCACCAGACCCAGAAGAAGUGCAGAAAUGCAGAGAAUAUCCUGGACAAGAAAAUUCAGGAGUUGCAGAGCAAAACUGACCAGGAGAUUCGAGUCCAUACGGAGAUUGAAAACUUCCUGAGGCAACAGUGUAAGAUAGUGGAAGAGAAGCUGGAAUAUUGGAUGGACAAAUAUGACAAUGAUACAAAUGCUAAAGAUGAAGAACUGGAUGCCCUAAAAGCAUCACGGGCAAACAACUUGGAAAUACUGCAGGGAGUUGCAGAGGAGUGCCAGAUGUUUGAGGAAACCAUCAUCAGUGACCGGGCAGAAAAGGAGGCUCGGAGAACAAAAGAAGAACAGGAAGCCUUGGAGCUGAAGAGUAUCCUGAAGCUGCAGGCCUGGUGGAGAGGUACAAUGGUCCGCAGAUACCUUGGCCCCUACGAGGCCCUCAAGAAGAAGUGGGAGAAGUACCUAAAGCAGAAAGAGGAAGGGAAGAAGGAAAGCACUGGAGCAAAGAAAAAGAAAUGAUAAGUAAAGAAACCUGACUGCAGACAUGCUCCAGGGCUGCUGCUAGGCAGGG